AUGACCAUUCGGCUUUUCCUCGUUCGCCACGGCGAGACCGUCGACAAUGUAGCGGGUGUUUACGCAGGAUCCCGCGACUCUCCGCUCACAGCCCAUGGCGUCUUACAGGCUCGUCGCCUCGGUGCGCAUCUCGCCAGCCACGCGCGAUCGGAUGAGAGCACCGCACAACGACAUGGAGGACGUGUGACACAUGUGUUCGCGUCGGAUCUCAAAAGGGCUGUCGAGACGGCGCAGGCUAUUGUGGAUGCCCAGCUUGCGAGGGACCCGGUUGCUACCGUCGCGCCGACCGUAGCCACAGCUGUUGCCGAUGGAGACGACCAGAGCACCGAGAGCCAGGCUCCGAUAUUGGACAUCGUCCAACUCCCUGAGCUCCGUGAACGCGACUUUGGUACCGGUGAGGGCGCCAAGUUUGGUGCAGACCUUUCCAAAGCGGGUAUGGAGUCCCGUGAAGCCAUGCGGCAGCGCGCGGAGCGGUUCGUCAUCAACCAUCUCGCGCCUCUGCUGCGUCCAGCGGCUGAUCGGCCUGGUGAUGUGGGACAUGUGGUCGUCGUCGCCCACGGGCUGAUUCUCGACUCUCUUUUGCGAGUUGUGCUGGUACAAUUUGGCGCAGUCCCGCAAGAGGAAACGAGAUCAGCGUCUUGGGGCAAUACUGGGUAUGCCGAGCUUGCUGCCCGCCCGGUUCCCGGGCGGCCGGGCGAGAUGUCUGGUAAUAGGACAGCCUCCCCAAAGUCGUCUCCAAAAUCGCCGUCGAUCCCACACACUGUCCUAGCUGUGGUUGGCGUCAACAUCCUCACGCAUCUCGAGGGCUUGAAAAAGACUCGAGGCGGGAUUGGCAGCGCCAAGUUCGACAAACGCCAGCGAACUGUAGACUCGUUCUUUGGGCCAGCCAAAAAGAAGGUCAAGGCUGCGUCGGAAUAA